AUGCAAAAGUCUAUGCGAGAGUUGAAGACUGGUUGGUCCUUGAAGCAGGCGGGUGAUGUUUCUAAUGAGUGUUGGAUUCCCGUGAAAAAGGUUCCCAGUCAAGUCCACAUUGAUCUCAUUGCAAACAAAAAAAUUCCGGAUCCAUUCGUGGACGCUAAUGAACUUGCGGUGCAAUGGAUCGCAGAGAAGGACUGGGUUUAUCGCACCAAGUUCACGGCACCGUCCUCCGAAGGUACCACGACGGACCUGAUAUUCCUCGGGCUAGAUACCUUCGCCACUGUGACUCUGAAUGGAACCACAAUCUUAGAGUCGGAGAACAUGCAUACUUCACAUAGGGUGAAUAUCUCCGAGCUUCUUCGUGCUGGCCAAGAGAAUGAUCUUCAGAUUGUGUUUCAAUCCGCACUUCUCCGUGGUCGAGAGCUGGUCGAUCAGCACCCUGAGCACAUCUUUCACGUGCGCCAGACUGAAGCAAGUCGCAUCCCUGUACGUAAAGCGCAGUACAACUGGGGCUGGGACUGGGGUCCUAUUUUGAUGACUGCGGGACCUUGGCGGCCCGUUGUACUUGAGCAGUACACUGCUAGGAUCGACGAUGUAUGGACACAAUACGAGAUAUCUGCAGACAACAAAUCUUGCUCUGGAACCCUGUACGCGCGAGUGGGGGCAGGUACACAGGAGGGCGACACUGUCAUUUUGUCCCUGUUUAACGCGGACCAGGCGGCCUUCGAGCAGAAGUGCCACAUUGGAGCUGAUGGGGUGGCAAAGGCCGCUGUGCAGCUUGCUUCCCCCUCUCUCUGGUACCCCCACGGUUAUGGAUCGCAGUUCCGCUACCGACUGUCCGCUUGCCUCAUCCGCGGGAAUACCAGACUAGACGAGCAGACCAAACUUGUUGGGUUCCGGCGGUGCCAACUAGUGCAGGAAAAAGACGAGUUCGGCAAGUCUUUCUACUUCCGCAUCAACGGUAUCGAUGUAUUUGGUGGUGGGUCGUGCUGGAUCCCCGCCGAUAGUUAUCUUGCCCAAGUAUCCAAGCAUCGUUAUCUCGACUGGAUGAAACUCAUGGUGGAGUCCAACCAAAUAAUGAUCCGUGUAUGGGGCGGUGGAAUCUAUGAGGACGAUGCCUUCAUGGAAGCAUGCGAUACGCUGGGCAUCUUGAUCUGGCAUGACUUUGCCUUCGUCUGCGCCAGCUACCCAGUCUAUCCGCGCUUCCUUAAAUCCAUUGAGGAAGAAGUACGGCAAAACAUUAGGAGGCUGAGAUCUCACCCAUCCUUGGUAAUCUGGGCUGGAAACAACGAAGACUAUCAGGUCCAGGAGAGGUAUAAGCUUGAGUAUAAUCAGGAUGAUACCGACGCGGACUCGUGGCGGCAGUCGACCUUUCCGGCCAGGUAUAUAUAUGAGCAUUUGCUGCCGAAAUGGGUGCAAGAAGAGGACCCGUCUUGCAUCUAUCAUCCUGGAAGCCCUUGGGGCGAUGGCAAACACACAACGGACCCAACUGUGGGCGAUAUUCAUCAAUGGAAUAUCUGGCAUGGCCAAAUGAGCAGAUAUCAAGAUUCUGCUAACCUUGGCGGUCGUUUCGUGAGCGAGUUCGGAAUGGAAGCCUAUCCCCACCUUCAGUCCCUUCGUCGAGUCAUUACAGACCCACAGCAACAGCACCCUGGCUCAAUGAUGAUGGACUUCAGAAACAAAGCUGCGGAUCAUGAGCGCCGCUUGAUGACCUAUGUUGCCGAGAACUUCAUUGUGCCAUCCGAUCUCGCAUCCUUUACCCACGUCACGCAGGUCCUCCAAGCUGAAACGAUGCGGUAUGCAUACAAGGCCUGGAGGCGGAAUUGGGGACAACCAGGAGCUCGACGAUGUGGCGGUGUGCUCGUGUGGCAGCUGAACGAUUGUUGGCCAACUAUGUCUUGGGCAAUUGUCGAUUACUACUUGGUUAAGAAGCCCGCGUUCUACGCCAUAUCUCGAGCUUUGAGGCCACUUGAUGUGGGUAUAUCUCGUAGCUGCCCGGUGUGGACUUCAGGUCAUGCCGAUCCAAUGUCUACCAACUCAUGCGAGUUCGAUCUGUGGGUUGCGAGUAGCCUUCAAGAGGCAGUUGAAGUUCAGAUAAAGACCAGAUUUAUUUCCAUAAGGUCGGGUAAGUUGGUUAGUGAGACUAUCGAUAUCACAACGGUAGCAACCCCCAACUCCACAACAGAGAUCCUCGAAAAGCACCGCGUGAAGGUGUCUAUGACUUGUGAGGAUGGGGACUACAAGAACCUGGAUCCGUUCAUCAUUCAUGCAGAGUUAUAUGUUGAGGGACUGCUUGAAGCAGCUGACACUGUUUGGCCGCAGCCCUUGAAGUAUCUGGACUUUGCGAACCGGAAUGUCAGGGUUGAAGGCUCUCCAUCCCAAGGAGAGAUCACUGUCUCGGCGGAUCUUCCGGUCAAAGGGUUCGUGUUUGAGGAAAUGGAAGGCUUGAAGCUUAGCGACAAUGGGUUUGAUCUUAUACCCGGGGAGAAGAAAAGAAUUACUUUGAGUGGAAAAGGUGUAACAACCAUGGAACUCCCGUGGACAUAUGUUGGUGCAAAGCCACUCCAGCUGGGAAAAAAUCCUAAACUAUGA